AUGUGUUUUUUGCCAAGCGGAAGAUCACAAGCCUCAGAAUGUGCUAAAAUUACCUCACAGACAGAACGCAGAGAAUUUCUGGGUACAAAAAGGCUCUGUUUCAGUUGCACUGGUCCGCACAAAUCAUCGGAAUGCAAAAGCACCGCGACCUGUCAACAUCGUAGUAAGCAACACCACACCUUGAUCUGUAGCUUACCAAAGGAAGUGAAAACCGAAGGUGUUCUGACAGUUCAUCAACCAGAAAACAAAGAAGUAGUUUAUCCCAUCAUUCUUGUAGAAAUCGACGGAAUAAAAACGCAUGCUUUACUCGACACCGGUGCCGGAAGCUCGUACGCCUCGAACAAGCUAAUCAAUCUUCUAAAAAAAAGGCCUAAAGAAACACUGACUAAACGAACUGACAUGAUGCUUGGAUCAUCCACCACCAAUGUACAGAUUUAUUCAGCUACUCUUGGAGCAGUUAAUGGAAGCUUCGACAUGAAUAUUGAACUGACGAAAGUUCAUAAGCCACAAUUGUUGACACUAGACAACCCUAAUUAUGCAACUCUGCUUAGUAAAUACAGCCAUCUCAAAGGAGUGAAGAUUGAAGACAACGAUACCAGACCUCAAAUUCCCAUACGUGUGGUCUUGGAAGCAAGCGAGUAUGCCACAAUUAAAACAAGCACUGCGCAAAGAGUAGGAAAACCAGGACAACCUGUAGCUGAGAAAACUCGCCUUGGAUGGACCUUAAUGUCAUUGAGAAGAGAGGACGUCAUAGUCGACUAUGAGUGGUUGUGUUCCCUGGAUGUUCUUGGCCUCGCUUACGGCCAUAAGAACGAUCAACUUGAAGUAUAUGAAGAAUUCAAAGAGGAACUUCAGCGAAGCCCAGCCGGUUGGUACGAAACAAAGUUGCCGUGGAAAGUAAAUCACCCUACCCUGCCGACCAACGAAGCUGGAAGUAAACGAAGAUUGGAACAACUAGUCCGGAAGUUAGAACGAAAUGGCCAAUACGAAGAGUACGAUAGUAUAAUCCAGGAACAACUACAAGAAGAAUUUGUCGAGCCAGCAUCUGAAGUUGCAACGGGUAGAGAGUUCUACAUCCCACAUAAGGGGUGA